AGAAGAGAGAACUUGGCCUCCUUCCUUAUCUGAACCCUCCUUCCCCUUGAGAUAGGCCCCGCAGCUCCGCAGCUCCGGCUCCGUCCUCGGGCUCCUCCCUGCCACGGGCCCUGCAGGUCCCCUGCUAGUGCUGUGGAAGUGGAAGCUGGGUGGGGGGCCUGCAAGGUGUUUCCAAACCCCGAGGCCUCGCCAGGGCCCGGCCCCACCCCUCGGCCCUUCUCUCGCUUCCCGUCCCAGCCUGCCAUGAGGGGGCAGGGCGCCGGCCUAACCACAGAGCGCUUCCUCCUUCUGCACAGAGCGGCGAUCGCGGGCCCAGGCAGGCAGUGCCCGCCGUCCGUCCGGGCGCCCCCAUCGCCAGGGCUCCCCCUGCGUCCUUGGCAGCAGCAUGUCGCCCGGGCCGCCCCGCGGGGCUCCCCCUCCGCCAUCCACCGAAGCCGGAGCCGUGGCUGUGAUGGUGCUCCUCCUCCUGCUGGCCCUGCCGCCUCCGGGGGAUGCGCAGCCCCCUGGGAGCAGCCAGGCUCCGCGGCGAUGGGGCCCAGCGUCAGACAACCAAGAGCCCUCGGUGGCCCGAGCCAAGAGGUCUGACCUAGACUUUGAAGAGGAUUAUGCCAUCUACGAGACCCCGUCGCCCGAGCUGUUGGACGGAGACAACGCGACCACCCCGGGGCCAGCCGUCGUGGUCGAGGGAACGCAGCCGGAGGCCACGGGGGCCCCUGGAGCCACGGACUCGGUGGAGAUCCCCACCACGGCCCCCGAGGCCCCGGGAACACAGCCGGCUGCUGAGGAGACGACCACCGAGGCCGCAGCAGGGACCAGCCGUCCUCCCCUGACGGGGGAGCCAACUCCGGCUCUGCCCACUGAAGGGCAGCGGGGCCCCCACGACCUCCCGACGGAGAGGGGGACGACGGAGGCGCCUCUCACGGAGGAGGCCCCUUCCACGGCCCUGAGUCCGGGGUCCAGUCCAGGGGUGGCGGGCACGGAUGCGGCGGUGAGCGCUACCACGGAGGAACCAGCCGCAGACCCACGAGGCACAUUCCGGGCUUUGACCUUUGUCACAGAGGAGCCAGAGACCGCCCCGAGUACCGGGCAGCAGCUCACAGACUCUCCGGCCACUGGGGAGCCCCCCAGCCUUGUCCCCAGCAGCCCUGCUUCAUCCCCGCCUGCCCCUGGCUUGUCGCUCAGCACCACUCCCCCCGCGCCCAAUCUCCCCUCCUCUCCCUCCCCCUCCUCCUCCCCUUCCUCCUCCUCCCCCUCCUCCUCCUCCUCUCCCUCCCCCCGCGCUCAGUCAGAGCCUCCCCAGCCUGAGGCAGCCACCGAGCAGAGCGGCCUCUCCAAUGCCACCGCCCUGGUCGUCGUGGCCACCAGCGCCGCCUCCUUCAUCUCGGGCCACAUCCCAGUGAGGCAGUGCCUGCUGGCCGUGCUCAUCUUGGCCCUCGUGGCCACCGUCUUCCUGGUCUGCACCGUGGUCCUGGCCAUGCGGCUCUCCAGGAAGGGCCACACGUACCCCGUCCGGGAUUACUCUCCCACCGAGAUGGUGUGCAUCUCCUCCCUGCUGGCCGAAGGCGAGGGACCGCCCACGGCCAACGGGGGCCCGGCCAGUGCCAAGACGCAGCUUCUGAAGCCUGACCGGGGGCCGGGGGAGGACUGCGAUGGGGACGAUCUGACCCUUCACAGCUUCCUCCCUUAGCCCUCACGGAGCCGGGGGCCCUGCCCAACCUCCUUGCGAGACCAAACCGGGCCCAAGAGACUUGGCCGAAGCUUUCUCGUUCUCCUGAUGCUGGACUCCGUGCUGGUGAAGAUAGACCCGAGUUCAAAUUCUUAUUCCUCUUUGUAAACCUUAAAAUUUCUUAGACUUAUAAAUGUUGGAAAUUUCACCAUUGGGAAAUUUCAUACUUGGAAAAUUUCCUAUUGAUAGUGGAAACUCUAUUGGAAUGUGAACCCCAUUGGCAUGAGAGUUUCCUCCUCCUCCCUUCUUAAGAUUACUUUAGGACAGAAACCUUUUGCUGAACAAUGGAAAGGACUUUGACCUAGGCUUAAGCAUAGAACAGGAAUUUCUUUGAGUCAUGAUUGAUUUUAGAAUUGAUACAAUGGAGAUACUUGGAAUCAAUCUCCACCCUACUCAGUCCUAACAGGAUUGAGGAAGGGCUGCAGCAUAGAUCAAAAUUUAAUUAUUCCAAUCUCUACCCUACUCAGGUUAACAGGAUUUAGGAAGGGCUGUAGCAAAGGAUCAAAGAUUUAAUUAUUUGAAAAUAUGACCUUCAACAGACAUGUGCAAAGCCAGAGACCUCUGGGCGGAUCAUGGGUUAAGCUAGAGCCUCCAUUGGCACAGGGAAAUUGAUGGACAGUGAUUGGUAGAUGGGAGAACUGAAGGGAGGGAACUUGGAUGGUUUCCUUAAAGAGAGAGGGGUCUGAAGACUCAGAGGUAGGUGGUUGAGGAGUUUGUCUGAGUGGUUGGAGUGUGCUCUGAGAAGCUUGCUCUGAAGGAAGCUGAAGGUGGGGGCCUCUGAGACUGUUUCUCCAUUUUGGUCACGUGAGUAAUAGGGACUGAUCUCUUUUCUUUGCCCCAGCUAUCUAAGGGCUUGGGCCUUUUGGCCCAGCCUAAACAGAAGGGGUAUUUAAGCCCUAUUCCCUUCUCUCCCUUUUCUCUCUCUCUAUCCCUAAUUCCUUUCUUCCUCCUAUUGUAAUUAAACUCCAUAAAAGAUUGACUGCUGACUUGAGUUUUCAUUUAGGAAUUACAUAGCUGAAUUCCUUGGCGACCUUAAAUUAAUAUAUAUCAGUCUUUUAAAGUGAUUUCCUUGUCACAUUGUGGCUGACCACACGGGAGUUUAAAGAAUUCUCUCAAUAAACUUCUUAAAUUCCUUGCCUUUUUACUA